AGAGAAAUCAGGACAGACAUUGAUAAUGGCAAUGGCUCUGCAAGUUGACGGCCAAACUCUGCAGCAACUUGACGCUGUCAAACCAACUGCUGACAUGGGAGAGCUUUUGGCUAAUGGCCAGGGUACCAGUGCUGCCGAAGACGUGCCCUGUGACGCCUGCACAGAACCGAAGACGAAGGCCGAGAAGUCCUGCCUUGUCUGUCUGGCCUCCUACUGUUCAACACACUUGGAGCCUCAUCAUUCAGCUAUAAGGCUGAGGGGCCACAAACUGGUGGAACCAGUGGAGAACUUAGAUACAAGGGCCUGCCUGACCCACGGAUACCCGCUUGCCCUUUACAGCAGGAAGCGGCAGGCAUGCAUUUGUGCUCGAUGUUUGGAUGGAGGUCAGGAGGAGGUCGUCUCCGCCGAAGAGGAAUGGCAGAAGAAGAAGGAUCAAAUCAAGAACACCAAGGAAGACUUGCAACACAGAAUUAUGACAAGAAACACAAAGAUUCAUGAGAUCAAUGAAGCUCUAAAGAACUGUAAGGGGCAAAUUGUGACCGAGUGGUGGCAAAUUGAUGCUUUGUUCACGGCUGUGCUCGAUGUUGUGAGGGAAGCCAGGGCUCAGGCACUGAAGCCUCUCGAAGACAAGCUGCAGUUCCUGAAUAAAGAGUCACAAGAUCUCAACGACCAGUUGGAAGAUGAAAUCAACAAACUCGAGACAGCAAUCUCACAGCUAGACGGCAUUGAUGCACUUGAAGAUCACAUCCUUUUCCUACAGAGGUACCCGUCUCUUUCAGUCCAGGAGGAUAUGAAGGACUGGACAGGCGUUGAACUUGACACCUCCCUGUCUUUUGGCUCCAUGAGAGAAAUCACAACAACAAUGAUAGAGAAUAUUCAGCUGGAGCUGGAGAAGAUGGCCACCAUUGAACUCGCCAGAUUCUCGAAGUUUGCAGUGGAGGUGAAGCUGGACCCAGCCACUGCGCAUCAGCGCCUGCUUCUGUCUGAUGAUGGCAGCAAAAUGAAAGAUGCAGGACGAAACCUGAAGGUAGCAGAUUCUCUAAAGAGAUUUGACGUGCUCGGCAGCGUCUUGGGACUCAACUGCUUGACGACUGGGAAGUGGUACUGGGAGGUGGAGGUCAGCAACAGCACCGGCUGGGACCUAGGUGUAACCAGAGGCAGCGCCGACCGCAGGGGGAGACUGAUUUUGAGCCCAGAUAACGGCUACUGGGCUCUGGUACAUUUUGAAGAGUGUGAGGCACCCAAACCAUUUAUAACGUACACAGUGAUGACAGCGCCACCCGUUUGUCUUUCACUUAAAGACAAACCAACGAAAGUAGGGGUGUUUGUUGACUACGAGGAAGGUCUCCUGUCUUUCUACGACGUGAUGGCCCAGUCUCAUAUCUACUCAUUCUCCAAGUGCUCAUUCUAUGAUGAGCUUUAUCCAUAUUUUAGUCUACAUAUGAAAUAUGAGAUCAACCCAGACCCUUUGAUUAUUUCACAAUUAAAACAUUAAAAUGGAUUCUGAAUAUUAGCAUUUGGUUUUCCAUAUUUCUCAGCCAGAGUAUUCCGUACUGAUGAUACAGAACUUUAUUUAGCUCGGAAGAGGAAGAGAUGUUUUUAGUGAUAUGAUGCUUCAGAGAAAUAAACAAAAAAAGUUGAAAUUAAUUAAUUUAUUUUUAUUUACGUCAACUGUGGCUUUUUGAGAAAGAGUGGUAUCUGAGUGGUUUAAUAUUCAAUGCCAGCAAAUUGAAAGUUGCACAUUUAAAUUGACAAAUGAGAGCUGUAAGUUAGGUUCAAGGAUUAAAGUAGUUACUUUAGGCAGCAGGGGCCAAUUUACAGUAGGCGGUGUUUUGAGGGUCAGUAAGACUAGAAAAGCACCAUGUAAAUGCAUCCUGCUUUAGUUCAAACUUCAGUUUACAGUUUUUUUAAAUGUGGGUAUGAACAUUUCUGGAUUUUUGUGCCUUUUUAUGGUCGUUCUAAAUAUAAUUUGUCUUAGCUGCAAUUUGGUGAAUUUGCCUGUUUGAAGACAUAAUGUUAGACAUAGCUACAGGAACUUAAGUUAUUUCACUAUUCAAAAAGUCUCUUGUUCCUGGAAUACUGUUGCGUAACACUAAAGACUGUAUUGUGUUGCUCAUUGCCACGUCAUUAUAUAAAUUCACACUUUUAUGGUUAAGGCUGGUGCAAAAAGCAGCUGAAUGUGGAACAUGUUUGACUUUUACUGUUGAUGUAAAA